AUGACGAUUCCAGGGAGUGUAGAUCAUGCUGGGGUUGACUAUGGUGAACUGGCUCUCAUCCAAUCUUUUUACAGGGGAUGUGUGCCCUCUCUCGUGGUCACCCUUGGCUGCUCCCACAUCAAGGACUUGAGUCUCCACCCCAACACACCCUCUGCGCGCGCGUGUGGUUCCACCGUUUGGAUCAAGGGUGCCAAGUGUCGGCCAUCAAGCCUCCCCAUCGUGCGGGCGUUGCAUGUGGAUGCCUUGACGGCCCUGAUGACCAGUGACGCCUGGAUUGUGUCCAUUGAGGCGGAGAUCUUCGCACUACUGCAGACCUGGAUGAAAGCGCAGCCCUGGGUGAACUGGUCCAAGGUGGAGAAGAACGACGAGGUCACUCAAGUGCCUCCGGAAGUCUUCGCGGCCUCUGCGAAGUGGGACAUUAAAUGGGGGCAUUUGCAUUCACAGCUGGUCGAGAAGCUGAUUGUCAACGGCGUGGUCCCCGAGACUUUGGCGCGGGACAUCGAUCGUUGGAGGAGCUCGGCCAAUAUCUUCCUGCCUCCCUUACCACAAGCCUUUGCACAGGAAGAUCGGAGGAAGAGCCACUGA